UGUACUAAUUUGUCUUCCCAUUCUCGGUGUAUACACCCUUCCGUGUAAGCAAUGGGUUGAGUGUAUUGUAUCUGUGAGUAAUGUUGACAGCUACAGCUUGUGUUUGUUGACAUCUGGAGUACUACAGACAGUUUGACCACUGGUGGUAGGUAGGUGAGAGCUCUACGUAACUUGUGUGAGAAUGUCAAACCUCAGCAGAAUUCGUUUGGGAAAUUUUGGUAGUUCUACAGAGAGCAUUGAUCGACAUAAUAAUCUCUAUUAUUAUUGACAGAUGAGUUCGACUGAGUCAUAGGUGUGACUCAUUCAGUGUGAACGAUAACCGAUAAAAGCGACAGGUAAACGGGUGUGGCAUAACAACGUAAUGAGGUUUGUCGUUUAAAAAAUGUCUGAAACUUCAGAAAAGACGCCAGAGUGGUUAGUGUUGCUGGAAAACAAGAAGAAGAGGCACAAUCGGUUGGCUCAUGAAAUCGGCGCCGGUGCUCCAUGUCUUAGCUGCGGAGAUUCUUGUCCAGGGCUUGAUUUACAUUUCUGGAGGAAAUUAUGUCGUAAUUGCAAGUGCAAAAAGGAAGAACAUGAUGUGAAGGAUGAUGAAGGAUAUGAACAAUUUGAAAUACUACUUGGACCUGCUAGUAAGAAGAGGAAACGUGGUGCUUGUCUGAAUAUCAAAGUCCCAGGUGUCGACAAUGCAAAAACUGUUAAAAGUGCUGAAGUGGCAUUCGAUUGGGUCCCCCCAAAUGUUUCUGAUGAUGUGGCAGUGGAAUACAUGAAACAGCUGCCAACAGCAAAGUUGCCAAUCAGUGGUAGCGAUGGUGCCUUGUAUCGACGUCAACAACUUGAACGACAAGUACCAAUACAUGACUUGGAUGCCAGCCGUUGUCACAAUUUGACUCCACAGGAGGUGGAAGGGCUGAAGAAAUAUCUUGACAAUCUAAAGAGCAAUGUUGUUGGACAAGGACGUGUCACCAAGGUGCCAUUACUCCAUGCAGAUGUGAGGUGGGCAUCAGAAGCAUUUGGCCAAAAAUCUCUUCCAGCAUCGCACUCAGCAGAUUCCAUACGUGGCAUUCCACCAUCUGCCUUCUCUGCUCCUCGUCCAUUCCACCCAGCAGUGCCUCAUAUGCCAGCUGGCACAGAAGAUGACGAUUUUCCACCACCUCCCCCACCACUUCCUAACACCAUGCCACCAAAUCUGAAGAAACCGAGUAACUUUGCACCAAGUUGGAAGCCUUACCAUAAUCCUGAAUCUCAAACUUCAUAUUCAGAAGCUCUUCCAGGAAAACCAUAUACGUCAUCAGAAUUUGAAAGGGCUGGUCCAACAGAUCGUCUGUCACAGAAAGGUAAUAGCCAACAAUCGGCAAGUGUGGGUCGUCAGCAGUUUGGUACGUUGCCUGGUGAGAGUGUCUCAAGCUUGCCAGCAGAUGCCAGUGUAUCACAUACACUGCAUCCUGAAUCUCAUACUGCCUACUCAGAAGUUGUUCCAGGAAAACCUUCAUUUGCCUCAGCUGAGCAUCAUAGGUCUGGUUCAGGAGCAGAUCCUGUUUCACAGAGAGGUCAGCAACAAGGAGAUGUUGGGCAUCAACGGUAUGAUGUUGGGCAUCAACACUACGGACUAAUGCCUGAAAACACUUCUGCAACUUUGCCAGCAGAUGCCACGUUCGCUCACACAAUGCAUCCUGACUCUCACACUGUGUAUUCAGAAUCUGCCCCAGGAAAACAUUCAGCCCUAUCGCCUGAAUACCGCAGAACUGGUUUACGAGUAGUAGACCCUGUGUCUCCAAAACAGCAAAGUAAAUGGAUGGAAGGCAUGAGCACUAAACAUAGUGAAUCAAUUCCUGGAUAUAAUGUAUUGAGCUCACCAGCUGAUGCAACUGUUUCACUUGCAACGCAUCCAAUGAUUUUGUCUGUUUCUACUAAUGUGCCAGGUGUCUCACCUGCAAUGAUAGCUACAUCUUUAUCUCAAAGUUGUGGAGCACCUGAAGGAUUUAAGAAUGAGUCGGUUCCUCACAAUAAAAAUACUGGUACAUUACGUGCUGGUGCAGUUGCUGGCUCAAGAUAUCGUAGUGGGCAGGAGUGCUACCAGAAUGCCUGUCCAGACAAACUGCCAUAUAAUGAGCCUGUAAAGCAAUGGGUAGGGAAAGAUAUCCCUCAAGAGGGAAAUUUGGGAUAUUCAAUGCACCCAGCAGAAAAAGAAGAAAUUUACAGUCAACAGCCAGGAGCACUUUUACAGUCUGAUACAGUGAAUAUUAAAAGCCCUGUCUCCAGAACUCAGUUAAGAAAUUCUGAAGGAACAAGCUCUUUAUUAGGCCAUAAACCAUAUUAUAUGUCCCAUCCUGUGGAAAGCACAUCUUGUGAGACAAUAGCUGCCAGAAAUGCUGGUUCAAGUCAUUGGGAAGUUGGAGUCAACAACUUGUUACCUGGGAAGACAGUUCCAACAAAGCAUAUUCCAGGUGAAUCACAUGAUGAUGCCCAUAGGCAACAGAAAGGAAGGUUUGCUGACACUGUUGGUACUGGGCAUGAUCCUUUUGGAAUGCCAGAAGCCCUUGCAGCCAAGAGUUCCAUUUAUUCUUCAUUGGGUCCUCAUGGAGAGACUGUCUUUUCUGAAGGUGUUCCUACUGAUGCACUGCCUAAGUCAGCUCUAGCAAUGCAGCAGCACAGACAUGAUGCGGAACUUGGAGAGUUGUCAAGUCACAUGGCAGAAAUGAAAACUGAUGAUACCCCAGCUGUGCAGCAGCCACAGUUUAAUUGCAAGGAGUGCAAAGGUGCAAUUCAGGCUGGUGACGUAGCUGUGUUCGCUGACCGAGCAGGACAAGAUGUAGCAUGGCACCCGUCUUGCUUUGUCUGCACUACUUGCAAGGAGCUUCUGGUGGACCUCAUUUACUUCUUCAAUAAGGGACAAGUUUACUGUGGCCGUCAUUAUGCAGAGCUCCUGAAGAUUCCUCGAUGCUUUGCCUGUGAUGAACUGAUAUUUGUCAAUGAAUACACAAUGGCAGAGGGACAGGCUUUCCAUGUAAAACAUUUCUGUUGCUAUGAAUGUGACAUUCCCCUUGGAGGCAUGAAAUAUGUUCCAGUAGAUGGUCAACCAGUGUGUCUUGAUUGUUUCCAAGAAAAAUAUGGAAAGAGUUGUCAUGCAUGUGGAAAAAAAAUUGGUGCCAGUGACCAAAGAGUUAGUUGGAAUGAGCUUCACUGGCAUGUGUCAGGUGACUGUUUCAGUUGCUUCUCAUGCCAUAAAUCUCUUCUGGGAGGACGUUUUGCUGUGAAGAAAAAUCAGCCAUUUUGUAGCAAGGAGUGUGUUUUGGCAUCUGGUAUCUUAUAGAACUGUAUGAAAUGUAAUCAUAAUUACGUAUUACAUUUGGGCAUAUUGGAUGUAGCUAAGGAGAAUACUUGGUAUAUGUGCCAUAUGUUAUUCAUUUAUUUUCCAUUCAACCAUAUCUUGGUUAUGAGAAUUAUAUUUAGGAAAUGUUUGACAUAUAAUUCAAGCAUUUG